UCAGGCAAGUUCAUAACCCUGAUCUACCUAAAGUGUUUCAAUCUCCACUUGCAAUUAUAUUUCAACAAGAAUGACAAUAAGAACAAGAAGUCUGAAUCCAGUAAACAACCAUCCCCUCACGUUCUGAAAAUUCCCGAAAUUAUGAAAGCAACGAAAAACUUAAACGAAUCGUUCCUGAUGCGGAGGGGAUGGUUCGGGGAUGUUUACUAUGGUGAACUUUUGCAUGGAUCAGUUCUUGUCCCUACUGCAAUCAAACGAUAUACGAGACGACGCGGGCCAACGGAUUCUUGGCCGGACGUUGAAAAGCAAAAGCUUUACGCUUUGCGACACCCGAAUCUUGUGUCCAUGAUUGGUUAUUGUGAUGAUGAUCGGUAUGAGAAAGAAAUCAUUCUUGUGUACGAGUAUAUUUCGAGUAGAAAAUCUCUUAAUGAUCAUCUUCAUGUGCUUAGUACCCCGCUUCCCUGGAUUCGCCGAUUGGAAAUAUGCAUUGGUGUUGCUCAUGGGUUGGAAUACCUACAUUCUGCUGGCGUUAUGCAUGGCGACAUUAGGAGCCAUAAUAUCAUGAUGACUGAAAGUUUGGUACCCAAAAUUACAGAUUACGGCUUGUCGGGACUAUCUCUAGCUUAUCGUCCAACUGCCGUCAGCAUUCCUCUUAGAGCUUGUGGCUAUGUGGAUGCCGCUACAAUUAACCAUCAUGGAGGCUUAACAAUGAAAUCUGACGUGUUUUCACUUGGCGUGCUUUUGUUGGAGUUGCUUUGUGGGAGGCCUGUACUGGAUUACAGUUGUCAUGGCGAUGACCCACAGCGGUAUCUGGUUUAUUGUGCCGUAUCUUUAACGAUGUUAGAGGAUGUGAUCGAUUCCAAUGUGAAGGAUGAGAUAUCCAAAGAUUGUUUGGAGGACUUUUUCGAGAUUGCAAAGAGAUGCGUGAAUGAAUCUCAACAACAGCGACCUGACAUGGCUGAGGUCGUGACCCGCCUUGAGUCUAUAUUGACGUUACAAAAGAGUCACACGAAUCCGUUGCAGGAUGCACUAAGUGUGAAGAUGCUUACUUAUGAUGAUUUGAAAAAAGCUACAGGUGACUUUAGUCGAAAUCCGCCUUUUGGUGAGACAGAGGUCUUUCUAGGUUGGGUUGAGCUUGAGCGAGAGAAGUUAGCCCCUUCGAAAGAAGGUGUUGGAAUUGCUGUUGCCGUUGCUUCCAAAUCGAUGGCUCAUGAUGACUGGCUGGAAGAGGUGAACUUCAUGGGACAGCUGGAUCAUCCUAAUAUCGUUAAACUCUUGGGAUGCUGCAAGAGUGAUGGAGACGAAAACUUUCUUGUUUACGAGCACAUGCAGAGAUCUCUCCGUCGCUUUAUUCAAGGAGAUGAUGGUUUGGAACCACUUUCAUGGGGGGCACGGCUUAACAUCCUGAUAGGAGUUGCUCGUGGAAUGGCGUAUUUGUAUACGGAUAAAGGCGUACGUUGUAAUUUCCGAUUCGAUGAUAUAUUGUUGGAUGAGGCUUUAAAUGCGAAACUAGGGGGGUUUGGGUGGGUGCAUGAUUGGAAAGAGAGAAAAGGAGUUUUCGGUUAUUUAAAGGCAGUCUAUGACCCAAAAACUGGUUUUUUGCCGAUGAAUGAUGUAGUAAGUUUCGGGUUUGUGGUGUUAGAAACUAUUGCAGCCAAACGCCCUGCAGACGUCUUGGUGGACUUGGUAGACUUGGAGAGUAUGGGGACGGGGGCUCCUAAGAUCAAAGCAAACAAAAGAAAGAUUAAGAAAAAAUUAGACCCGCGUCUUCAAGGCAAAUACUCCUCAAAAGCUGCUUACGAUUGCAUUGCGCUCGCGUUAAAAUGUAUUGCUGGACAACGUCCCACGUGCGAGCCUUCAUGGGAAGAAAUUGUGUGGAGUUUGGAACAAAUUAAAGCGCGUAACAAGUAUACAAAAAAAUUCUAGAGUAAACUGCAAUUUGUCUCCCUGUGGUUUGGUGGUGGGAGCAACAUGCCUUCCCAAUUUAUUAUUUUUUAUUUUAUUGCAAUUUGUCUCCCUGUGGUUUUAAAACAUCACACUUUGACAUCUGUCAAACGAAACUUGAUACAAUAAGGGUG